AAGAAAGAACCAAACAGACAAACACUUCGCUUCCUCAUUUCCAUAGAAAGCAGCGGAAGAAGCAGCAGUGAAAAGAGGCGGAAAUGGCGAAUAAGGCCCUGCGACCCACUGGAGAGUUCUUCAGGAGGAGAGACCAGUGGAGGAAUCACCCGAUGCUGACGAACCAGCUCCGCCACGCCACUCCCGGCCUAGGCAUCGCUCUCGUUGCCUUUGGCAUCUACAUCGUCGGCGAGCAAGUUUACAACAGCCUCCACGCUCCCUCUUCUCCCCACUCCCGCCACUCUUCUCCAACUGCUUCCUCUGCUUCUCACUGAAGAUGAGUUAUUGGUGGAAGGAAUGAAGCUUGGGCCAUCUCGUAUUUCAGCAUUCGUCCCUCUGAUUUGUUGUUAAUAAAGUAGAAAAUUUUCAGUGGACAUGAAAGUUAAAGCAUGCAAUUAUGGAUGUGUUUCAUAAGCUGGAAUGUGGAACUUCUAGCAAAGCCACAAUGUGGAAGUUUUAAUUACUGUCUUUCUAUUUCUAUUCACCAUGCAUGCAUAUGGCUCAAUAUAUGUUUUUUCUUUGUUUUCAUAAUAUAAUUUGUCUUUCUUUGGU